AUGGAACCCACAGAAAAUUUGCGUGUGGUGCCCGAGUGUCUAAAGAUUUGUUUUUUGCAUCGUCCAAGCUUCCUAGAUUCGGGCAGCGCCUCUGUCCCACAGGGAGGCGUGACGCCUCUGAAAGAGUUACAGGAUUGCGGCAUGAGUGGUGGUCUUCAAAACCUGUCAAAGUAA